AUGCCUCCCCUUGACUUCUUCAUUUCGCAGUGGACGCCGCUGCCCGCCUCCCCUAAGGGCCAUGUGCUGAGGGGCAAGACCGUGAUUCUCACCGGUGCCAACUCUGGCAUUGGUCUGGCGGCAGCGCACCAGCUCGCUGCCCUUGAGCCGGACCACCUUAUCCUCGCAUGUCGCAAUAUCAAGACUGGCGAAGCGGCGCUUGCUUCUGUCUGCAAGCAGUCGCCACACGUCAACGCGGCCGUGUGGGAGCUUGACCUGGCCUCGUUCGCCAGCGUCAAGGCAUUCGCUGAGCGCGCCAACACGGAGCUCGACCGCGUCGACGUCGCAAUUCUUAAUGCUGGGAUAAGCCCCAACCGCGCGGCGCCCAUGAAGACAACCGAGGACGGGCACGAGGCAACACACCAAGUCAAUGUGCUCGCGACGAUCCUCCUCGCGCUCCUCCUCGCGCCGGCGCUGCACCGCUCUCCUGCACCACACCUCGUCAUCACCUCGUCCGAGGUACAUGGCUGGGCCGACCCCGCGCCGAUUAUCGCGCCGCUGCGCGCCAAUCGUCCUAUCUUGACCGACUUCGACGAUCGCGCCCUCUACAUCGGCCACGACCGCUACUUCGUCUCCAAGCUGCUCCUGCAGCUGAUCGUGCGCCGCCUCAUCCCCGCGCUUCCCCGCGUCGUAAUCGCGUCCGUCAACCCCGGCAUGUGCGCCACCAACCUCAUGCGCGACGUCAGCUUUUCCUCCCUCGCGGACCUGCGUGAACUCCUCCCCUUCGCCCACAUCAUGCCGUUUAUGCGCGGCGCCGGCCGCGGCGCCGCCAUGGUCGUCCUCGCGGCUGUGGCCCCCGAGAGUGCCGAGUACUGGCACGUCGGGGUGGCGGCGAGCGCGCCGAGCGUGUUCAUGGCCACUAUGAGCGGCAUGCGCGCGGGGGACCAGUACUUUGCCGAAGUGAUGGCGCUGUGCGAGAGGGUCGCGCCGGGGAGCACGGCGGUGCUCCAGCGCUAG